AUGGUUCUCCCACCGUUUCCCACUGCGGGUCUGCUGCCCAAGGACGCCACAAAUGCGGCCAAGUUCAUCGAGAAGCAUCCCAAGUUCGACGGCAGGAACAUUCGAGUUGGGAUUCUCGACACUGGCGUCGAUCCAGCAGCCCGUGGUCUAGAUGGCAAAGGCAAAGUCGUCGACAUCAUCGACUGCACUGGAACAGGCGAUGUCCCCUUGGCCCCGGUCGAAGCUACUUCUGUCAGCUCCGACGCGAUCGAGCUCAAGUCCCCGACCACAGGCAGGAAGCUUCUCGCCGACCCUUCCUGGGCGUCAAAGGGGAGCUCAGACAAGCCUACCUUUCUCUUGGGCUUCAAACGGGCGUACGAAGUCUGGCCAAAGGAUCUCGUCGCUCGUCGCAAGGUCCAGCGCAAGAGGAAUUGGACCGUCGAGACGGCAAAGAUCGUCGACCAGGUGCAACGAGAGCUUGCCGAUCUCGACUCGAAGCCAGCAGCUGCAGCCGCCGCCAAAGGCGCCGAGAAGGCAGACAGCAAGGAGGCCAGCGCCGACGCGCAAAAGGCCGAGCUCAAGGCCAAGCUUGCCGUGUUGACCGACCUCUCUUCCAGCUACAGCGAUCCAGGUCCGCUCCUCGAGACUAUAACGUUCCACGACGGCAAGACAUGGCGUACCGUCGUCGGUGGCGCAGAGGGAGACAUCCGGGAGUCCACUUUCGGCUGGCCAGACGAAGGCCUGCAAAAGCUCGAAGGCCAAGUCCUGGACCUGCGCAAGGCAAAGAGGCUCGCCGACUUUCACCUCGAGCAAGAGCACGACGUCUUUGGCGCUGCAGAUCUCUUGACUUACUCGGUCAACCACAUCUUUGACUCAGCCAACAACGAUGGCAAGCCCUCGGCCGUUUCUCUCGUUACCCUUUCUGGCGCGCACGGCACCCACGUCGCUGGAAUUGUAGGCGCCCACGUUCCAGACUCUCCCGACGAGAAUGGCGUGGCUCCUGGCGUCGAGAUUGUUUCGCUCAAGAUCGGGGAUACUCGCGUCGAGGGGAUGGAGACGGGCGUCGCUCUUUUGCGGGCUGCACAGGCAGCCAUUGCCACUCGCUGCGACAUUCUCAACAUGAGCUUUGGCGAAGAUGGCGCUUUUGGGACAGAGGGCAAGGGAGCAUUUGCCGAGGCGAUGCGAGACUUCGUCAUUCGUCAAAAGGAUAUCCUCUUCGUCUCGAGUGCAGGCAACUCUGCCCCUGCUUUGACCACGCUGGGCCAGCCGGCGGGUACGACAGACGGCGUCUUCACCAUUGGCGCGUACGUCACUGCUGGCUCGAUGCAGAGUGCCGAGUAUGCCUUGAUUGAGAAAGAUGUGAAGGACCACCCUACGACUUGGUCGUCGCGUGGGCCGGCUGCAGAUGGCGCUUCUGGUGUUACAGCGUGGGCUCCGGGCGCUGCUAUCACCUCGAUUCCCAAGUACUGUCUGAGCGCAACGCAGCUCAUGAAUGGAACGUCGAUGGCGUCACCCAAUGCCUGCGGAUGCAUCGCUCUGCUUCUUUCAGGUAUGAAGCAAGAGGGCAUCCCGAUUACCUCCGCUCGCGUUCACAAGGCCAUUCUCGCCACGAACAAGGACGUGGACGAUGAGCUGGGCAUCGGCUUCAUCCAAGUCGACAAGGCGUGGGAGUACAUUGUCGCCAACAAGGACCGACCCGAUGCCGAUUUUGAGUACCAAGUCAAGGUGACGCCUUUCAACCGCCCUCAAGGUGGCAACAGCGACAAGCGUGGCGUCUACCUGCGGGAGAAGCUCGAGACCCGUCGCGUCAACCAGUUCAACGUCAAUGUUCGCCCGACCCUCAAGGGCACGGAGCCGGAGAAGGCUUAUGCUCUGCAGCUCAAGGCUAGCCUCUCACCUUCGGCUUCGUGGAUCACUGCGCCCGACUUCUUGCAUCUCGGUGGUAAUGGACGUAGCUUCGAAAUCCGCGUCGAUCCCACGCAGCUGCACCCUGGCCUGCACUCCGCCACCGUCCGAGGCUACGACGCUGAGCAGCCUGGCAUGCUCCUCUUCGAGGUUCCCAUCACGGUCACAAAGCCCGAGGUCUCUCCGACUCCUACAGUUCGAUACAAUAAGACGCUCAAGUCUGGUUCAAUUACUCGCAAUUUCCUCCACGUCCCCGAAGGGGCCACGUGGGUUGAAGCACGCUUCCGCUCCUCCAACCACGCAUCCUCAGGUACGGCUGCGAAGUUCUGGGCGCACUUGGUCGCCGUAGAGCCACAGCGUCGUCUGUCGCACGUCGAGGAGGCGUACGUGCUGCAGCUUACUGAAGGGGAGCCUGUCACCAAGCGCUUCUCGGUCAAGGGAGGGCAGACCUUGGAGGUCUGCUUGGCGGAGAUGUGGAACCAGAGUGCCGCUUUCGAUUUGGAAUGCGAGUUGGAGUUCCAUGGCAUUACCAUUGGGCACAGCGUUGCGGGACGGGAUGAGUUGACGUUGAUUGGUGGAGAUGGAUUGGCCAAGAUUGAGACGAUGUCUCAGAUCCGGCUCGAAUCAUUCAAGCCGUCCAUCUCAUUCAGCAAGAGGCGCACCUUCGUCCGCCCGGCAUCGAGCGUCGUACGCCCGCUGCUUUCGGAGCGCAAUGCUCACCCGUCGGGACGCCAGCUGCACGAGGUCGUCAACACGUACAACUUCUCGCUCUCUGAGGCGGGGACCGUCAAGCUUUCCUGGCCAACAUCGAGCCCGCUCUCCAAUCUGUACGACUCAGCCGUGCCGAUGCUGAGCUCGCUGUACGAGGCGCAAUCGAAGAAACUCGUUGCCUUCGGAGAUGUGUAUGCGAAGGACAAGGAGCUCAAGAAGGGCGAAUACACAGUGCGCUGUCAAUGGAUCAACGAGGACCCCUCUGUAGUUGACAAGCUCAAGACGGCGACCAUGCGCAUGGACCAGAAGCUCACAAAGGGCAAAGACGUCUCCCUCUCCCUCUACGAGGACCAUGUCGAUGCAUUCGGCAAGGCAAGUCCAGCUACAUUCAAGGGCAAUCUCAAGCUCUUCCCCGGCGAGCGCAAGGUGCUCAACCUCGAUCUCAACCUGCACGGCGAUUCUCUGCCCAAGGAGGCCCAGCCUGGGGACGUGUUGGUGGGCGAGUUUGGCUUCGCGCCUGAGGGCAAGUACGAACUGAGAUACAUUGUGGCGCCAGCGCCUAAGAAGGAGGAGGAGGCGUCGAAGGAUCCCAAACCCAGCCCCGAGGAUGAAGCGGAAGAGCUCCCACGCCUUCUUGCACCCAUGGCAAAGAAGCUCAAGAGCCAAGAGCAGAAGCGUCGCUUCCUCGACUCGCUCAUCAAAGACCACCCAAACUCCCUUCCCGUACUGCUUGCCCGUCUCGACUCUCCCGAGAACAUCAACGCGCAAUCCAAGCCGGAGGACCUCGACGCCAUGAUCAAAGCAGCGGAAGCCGUUGAAGCUCAGGUAGACGAGAAGGACGUCCUGCUGUGGAUGGCAGAGAAGCGAGCGCCCGUCGCAGAGCAGAGCGACGAAGUGAAGCGCGAGAACAAGAAGCAGGAAGAGCGGAAGAAGGCUCUUUUGGCCGCUAGGCUCGCAAAGGUCAAGGCCAUCCUGCAUCGUCACGGCUCGUCGGGCGGCGAGUUCCAAGAGGCGUACGAGGCUGCUCGCAAGCUCCUUGGGGAAGGCUCCGCUUCGGAGAAUCCGGCCUGGGCUACUGUACGUGUUGCGUACCACAUUGAGCGUAAGAGGUUGGGCCUGGCGUUGCAGGGUGUGAGGAAGGCGAUCAAGGAGCUCGGGGCCGGAGAGCAGGGCAAGGGUGAAGAGCUGAAGCGACUCCAAGAGCAGGAGAGGGAAUUGCUUGACCGCGUGGGCUGGAGAGCUUGGGCUGCUUACCGCGAGAGGUGGGGUGUGCUGGAUUGGCCGCGCGAUUAUGCGCCCUUCUGA